UUGGCUUCAGAUACGGACGUGAAAGUGUACACAUUCGAUCAUUUCGGGAAAGAGUUCAUCAAGCGACACGGUAUCAGCCCAGACAGCUUCAUUCAGAUUGGCCUCCAAAUUGCCUACUACCGAAUCUACGGCAAGCAUGCGUGUACCUACGAGACGGCCACACUGCGUAAAUUCAGUGGAGGACGCACGGAAACCAUCCGGUUACCAAACUUCCACUCGGCCAUGUUCACUGUCGACGUUACGGAUCCGGAAAGCGCAGAGGAGAUCCCAGCAUCCAUGAUGGCAUCUAUGUUUCGUGUAGCCGCUUCGCAACAUAAGAAAUAUUCGCUUGAGGUAAACUAG